GUCGACGAUUUGGAUGGUUAUUUCGAUGAACGGGGAUGGAGUGGAAUUUGUGGGGAUGGUGCGGUGAAGGAACGUAGUGUGGUGUUGGUGAUCUGCCGGUAUGUGUUAGGUGCUGAUGUCGAUAGGGAUGACUUCUAUCGGUUGAUGGACGAUGCAUAG